UUUAACCCGCCUCUACAACCCAAGGUGAAAUAUUAAUUUCUCCAUUUGGUUGAAAAAAGUCAGUAAAUCCUAAUUUAACUGAAUAUUAUGAUUAAGUAAUUCAAUUUCCUGUGCCACAGUACCAUAAGAACCAAUGGUAGAAGUGAUUAAUCCUGUAGGUACAGUCAUAUGUACUCUGAAUUAUACUGGAACUCUGUUAGAUGGGAUUUAGCUGGCAGGUAUUUGAGCUGCUACACUAGUAUAAGAAAGGACCACACUGCCAUAUGUCAUGCUGGACACACACACACACGCAUAUACACAGAGAGAACAGGUGGAUUACCUCAGUGCUGCUUAACACAUGACUGAGAUGCAGCAUCCUUUUGACCGGUGGAUGAACUAAAGAGGAAAAUCACAACCAGUCACCAUCAGAAUGAAGGGUUUUCAGGCUAUCACCAUGUGGCAGAAAGCCCAGUUAUUUUACCAAGGGAUUCUGGAAAAAGGAGACAAGAGGACAGAUCACUGGUUGCUGGUCUACUCUCCUCUGCCUAUCAGCUGCAUCUUUCUCUGCUACCUUAUCAUUAUAUGGGCAGGGCCAAAGCUGAUGGCGAAGAGGGAGCCAAUCAACCUCAAACCUGUCCUGAUAGUUUACAACUUUGCCAUGGUCUGCCUGUCUGCUUACAUGUUCUAUGAGUUCACGGCCUCUUCCUGGUUGGCCAGAUACAGUCUGCUGUGCCAGCCAGUCGACUACAGCGACAGCCCACUGGCCAUGAGGAUGGCCAGAGUGUGCUGGUGGUUUUACUUCUCCAAAGUUAUAGAGCUCAGUGACACUAUGUUUUUCAUCCUGAGGAAAAAGAACAGUCAGCUGACUUUCCUCCACGUCUACCAUCACGCAACCAUGAUCUUCAACUGGUGGGCCGGGGUUAAAUAUGUGGCUGGGGGCCAGUCUUUCCUGAUUGGUCUGAUCAACUCCCUGGUUCAUGUGGUGAUGUAUCUGUACUAUGGUCUAGCAGCUUUGGGACCAAGCGUGACCAAAUACCUCUGGUGGAAACGCUACCUCACUUCCCUGCAGCUGCUCCAAUUUCUCAUUGUGACCAUCCACACCACCUACAACCUGUUCGCUGAUUGUGACUUCCCUGACUCCAUGAACAUGGUUGUGGUGGGCUACUCUCUCAGUCUAAUCGCCCUCUUCAGCAACUUCUACUACCACAGCUACCUCGCUAAAAAGAAGACCAAGAAGACAUAGAGAGAGAGCAGAGAAACAAAGAUAAAUCAGCUGGAAAUUACAGGUACGAAGGAAAUAAAGAAAGAGGCGAGAUGAAAGGAUUUAGAAACAGAAAGGUGGCAUAGAGAGGGCAAUGGAGAGACAACAGAGGAGAUAUAAAAAGCUAUUUCUGCUUGUUUGUUAUGUUAAUUACUUCAUGUUAAUCAUGUUAUGUAAAUGAGCAUUUCUCAUAUGUACAAAAUACAUUUACAUAUAUAUAAAAACCUGUAC